GGACAAGUAUAAAAGGGUGGUCCUUUGUCACACAAGGCUACUUGACUUUCAUUAGCGGACGGCUGGCCGUGUUUACCUGCACGUACAACCAAACACAGGCGUACAAACAAUAUGAAUUUCGUGAGAUCCCGACUUUCAGUCACAAAGCUUUUGGGUCAGAGGUGCAGAGUGGUUACGGAAGCAUGGAGCCACAGAGUGAUGUGCAAUAAACCGCAGGAGGUCAAAGCAGAGCUUCCCACUGCAGCUCCAGCAGAACACUCCCCUCGUCUUGGCUUCAAGAUCCCUGGUUACAGACCCUCUGAGAUGGAUAAGAAGAUGCUGCUCUGGUCAGGACGCUACAAGACAGCGGACCAGAUCCCAGAGAUGGUCUCAUAUGAAAUGCUCGACGCUGCCAGAAACAAAGUACGAGUGAAAGCCUGCUACGUGAUGAUGGUGGUCACAAUCGGUGCCUGCUUGUUGAUGGUCGUCCUGGGCAAACGGGCUGCUGGCAGGAAUGAGUCCCUGACUGGUCAGAACAUGGAGAGGAAGGCCAAAUGGAGGGAGGAAGUCCAGAGAGAGCAGGAAACCACCAUCGCUAAGACUCAGUGACGCAGAGACCGACAGUGUACCUGCAGGAGAGUCCUCUCUUCCCCCAAUAAAUUGGAGCGCUACAGUGGCACCCGA